AUGGAUCAUCAUCAUUUACGAGCUAUUCUAUUAAAACUUCAAGAUCGUCUAAGUGAUAACGAUCGUAAACGUUUGCAUUUCUUUCUUGGAAACGAUAUUCCACGACGAAUUCGAGAUGACCCAUCACUUAGUGGUACACUUAGUCUUAUGGAAUCUCUCUUUGAUCAAGAUAAAAUCAGUGAAUAUGAUUUCACUUUUCUCAUAAAUGCCUUCACUGAAAUUCAAUGCAUUGAUGCUGCUAAAGUUUUAACAGGUACCUUAUUAAUUAAAGCUGGUCAAAAGUUUGGUGGUACUGGAGGUAGUUUAUUUGAUGAUUCAUCAACAGAAAAUUUUACGUGCUCCCAUUAUCUCAGUAGGAUUAUCAUUAGGAAUGAUAAUGAUGAUGAUAUGCCUCUAGAUUGGAUUCAAUUUAUUUAUUCAUCUUCUUAUGAUCAAAAUAGUGUGAUUGAAGGACAAACUCAUGGUUUUCGACGAACAAGCGAAGUUUCACAAUUUCUACUCGAAAAAGAUGAAAGAAUAUAUAAGAUUCGUGGAAAACUAAGUAAUGUAACAUUAUCUUCGCAAGAUGGUACGCUAUUUUCAACAAUAUUAGUACGAGGACUGCAAUUUUUUACUAGCAAAGGUCGAACAAGUCGAUCUUACGAUCACCUGGAAGGUGAAGUUUUCACCGAAGAAUACGAUGGAUAUACGUUGGGUUAUGCGACCGGAAGAUCAGGACUUUUUAUCGAUCAAUUACAAUUCUAUUGGUAUCGAACAGUAGUCACACAAUAG